AUGGCGCCGCGCUCCUACUCAAAGACCUACAAGGUCCCUCGUCGACCAUUCGAGUCUGCCCGUCUUGAUUCGGAAUUGAAGAUUGUGGGCGAAUAUGGCCUGCGCAACAAGCGUGAAGUCUGGCGUGUCAUGCUCACGCUGUCCAAGAUUCGACGUGCUGCUCGUCAACUCUUGACCCUCGACGAAAAGGACCCCAAGCGACUCUUCGAAGGCAACGCCCUCAUUCGCCGUCUCGUGCGUGUCGGUGUGCUCGACGAAUCGCGCAUGAAACUCGAUUACGUGUUGGCCCUCAAGGUCGAAGACUUUUUGGAGCGCCGCCUGCAAACCUGCGUCUACAAACUCGGUCUCGCCAAGUCCAUCCACCACGCCCGUGUGCUGAUCAAGCAGCGACACAUCCGCGUCGGCAAGCAGAUCGUCAACGUCCCCUCUUUCGUCGUGCGACUUGACAGCCAGAAGCACAUUGACUUUGCGUUGACGAGUCCCUUCGGUGGCGGCCGCCCUGGUCGCGUCAGGAGAAAGAAGGCCAAGGCUGCGGAAAAGAAGGAUGAGGACGGCGAGGAAGGUGGCGAGGACGAGGAGUAG